AUGGAAGCUAUUGGUCGAGCUGUGGGACGGCCAAAGAGCGCCGAACGACAAAAAGCAAUAUCAGUAUUUGUGCACAUCCCAUCCAAAGAUCGUGCCGCUUGGUUCAAAUGGGCCAAUGGUGUUCCUGAAAGCUGUCUUUAUUAUUUGAAUGCACUGGCCUGCAAGAGUCACAUUGGCGCAGCCACUGGUGAUGAUCAUCCAUUCAAGAAGCUUAUCAAAGACUUUGGGCCCGAAAGAUGUGAAGAUGACCAUUGGAUGGAAGACGAGGAUCAAGUGCGUGCAGCAUCGCUUUUCAUUUAUGUUCAUCAUCAUAUUGUCAAGUUUUACCAAUACACAAAUGUACAUUCUGGUUACCGAAUGGAGGCAAGUGACCUGGUGGGAGUCUUUAUUUUCUCUUGUCCCUAUGGGGGGAGUAUAAGCAACUCGCUUAAGCGCCAUCCAUUUUCAGGGCUAGUUCAUUCGGCAGAUGAGUUGUUACGCGGUCAUUUUGUUACGAAGCAAGGAAUCAGCAGUGAUGAGUCACCAGCUUUGGUACGAUCCUUGGUUGUUUAUUCAUCCUCAGACAACCCAAGUCCUCAGAGUAGCAAUGUAGUCCAAAACCACCAUGGCACGAUCGGCGUUGAUACCUGGGGCGAACCCAUCCAAAUUCACUUGCCAUGUAAUCCCCAAGAUGCAGCUUACCUUCUACAACAAUGGCUACUUGACGAAUAUCCUGAACAGGGAGAACAGGUAACAACACUAAACCCUGUAAAGAGAUAUACAUUGCGACAGCCCUUGUCCGAUACGGCAAGUUUUGAGAACUACAUUGUGACACAUUACGCAUCUCAUCCUUUUUCUGGAUAUUGGCUGGAAUUGAUAAACACCCUUGGCACUACGAAGGAUUCAAGUGAGAUUUUACGAAUGAAUAUUCAAGCUCUAUGUCGAGAAGUAACGGUGGAAAGAAAGCAAACCACGUUGAAAGAUGACAAGAAAGGCAUUGAAUAUAGGGAUCAUCCAAUUUGA